AUGGCUCAUAUUCUCCAGUCGCGUAAAAUCCCAAGUUUUUUGGCGUCUAAUGCUGUUGCACUAGGUGCUGGUAGUCUUUAUAUGUAUUCGUUAUACGCUCCACAAUUGAUAGAAAAAUGUCAUAUUCCAUCAUCAGAAGCAAGUAACCUAGCGUUUUAUUUGAGUUUUGGCAGUUCACUUCUGGGCUGCGUUGCAGGUCAGAUCGUGGAUCGAAGCCCUAAUUUAUCGUGUCUAAUAGGUGCGAUAUGUAUUGGUUCUGCAUACUAUAUAUUACAGGUCAUAUAUUAUAAGGAGAAAGCAUCUUCUAGUCUUAUAGCUUUUGCAUUAUCACUAUUGGGUUAUGGUGCUGUUUCAGGCUAUUAUGCCGCUCUAAAAUGUUGUAAUGUCAAUUUUGCUAACAAUAGGGGUACUGCUGUUGCAUUUCCAGUUUCCAUGUAUGCACUUUCUGGUAUGUUAUUUGCAGCAAUUUGUACUACCUUCUUUAAGGAUGAUUUGAAAAUUAUGUUUAGGUUUAUGGGAAUAAUUUGCCCUUUUUUGCUAAUCUUGGGGUUUUUGUUCAUGAAGUUGGAGCCAGUUCCAUUUGAUGUAAGACCCACUAUUUCACCUAUCAGAACAUCAAAUGCUGCACAAAAUUCCCAUUUAAGAGCUUCAUCUGCAAGUACUUUAGGUGUAUCAUCGAACAAUUACGAAGAUAUUAAUUCUGCUACUUUACUACGUGGUUCAAAAAAAAAUGAAGAAGAUGGGAAUGAAAAUGCUGUAGAACAAACAAUUGACGGAAAUUUUGGUUUAAAUUUCGAAGAUCAAAAUAGUAAAAGCAUACUCGAAGGAUUAAAAUCUUAUGAAUUUAUCGGUUUUUUCAUUGUGCUCAAUAUUCUUCAAGGUAUGGGUCAGAUGUAUAUUUAUUCUGUCGGAACAAUAACUCAGACACAAUUUGCAGUAUUAGAAGAAAGUGAUGUCAUACUAAUCUCAGAUAAAAUUAAGCAUGUUCAAUCUGUCCAAGUUUCUAUGAUAUCCUUAUUGUCGUUUUUUGGAAGAUUAACAGCUGGGCCAUUAUCUGAUAUAUUUGUUAAAUUAUUUAAUUCUCAAAGGAUGUGGAAUGUUGUAAUAUCAUGUAUUAUUAUGUUUGUUGCAUGUCUAAAAUUAAUAUACGAAGACCCAAAACAAUUACAAGCUGCUUCGCAUGAUAUGAAUAGUUUUAUCCACCUAUUAUCCUUCCAUUUAUCCUUUACAUCUUCAUUGUUCGGUUAUGCUUUUGGAAUGAUGUUUGGGACUUUCCCAGUAAUAAUUGCUGACAGCUUUGGUACAAAAAACUAUAGUAUGUUCUGGGCAUUAAUUACAAUGGGUGGCUUACUUACCGUCAGGCUUUAUACUUCAAUGCUAUCUAAAAAUAUUUCUUCUAAUACUUUAUUAAACGAUACAGUAUGUAAAAAAGGUGAAUUAUGCUAUGAUUCCACUUUUUGGUAUAUGUCGAUAUCGGCACUAAUUGCUGGAGUUGUGUCGAUACUAUUAAUUAUAAAAAAGUAUGUGGAUUCAAAGCGGACUAGUAAUAAGUAUGGUUACAUUUCCAAUUCAUAG